AAGAUUACCUUAGCCUUGUGCACACGUUCGACGUUUUUUUUGCCCUUCUUACUUUACAAUCGUAUGUAUAUGCGUUCGAUGAAACGAUGGUAUUUCAGGAAGAAAGAUAAAAGAGUGGGAGAUCGGAUAUAAAGACGUGUCGUGCUUCGCGAAGAUAGAAACCGAUUUCAUCAUGUGGGAGUAUCGAGCUAUCGGCCUUCUGGCCUUGCUGGCCAUUCUAGUGUCCGCUCAUGCUGAAGUAUCGUUUCUUCCUUACGCGAAGAAGAUCCAUGAUCCAGUGAUAAUUACUCUUCGCGAAAAAAGAGGUGCUGGAUACGGCGGAGGUUCCGAUGCAUACAGUUCAGCAAGCAGUUCUGCCAAUGCUAAUGCAUAUGGUGGUGCCAAUAGUUUUGCAAGCUCAAGUGCACAAGCCAGUGCACAAGCCGGAGGAAAAUCGUCAGCCCUAUCCACUGCUAAUGCCAACGCUGGAGCAGGUGGAUAUGGUAGUGGAUCAGGUGGUGGAUUAGGAAGCGGUGGUGGAUUAGGAAGCGGUGGUGGAUUAGGAGGCGGUGGUGGAUUAGGAGGCGGUAGUGGAUUAGGCGGUGGUCACGGAGGAGGAUUAGGCGGCGGUGGUUGUGGAUCUGGUGGUUGCGGAGGUGGUAGCGGAUCGGGUGGAUAUGGAGGUGGCGGCAGCGGAGGUGGUGGUUAUGGAGGCGGAGGAAGCGGAUUAGGCGGAGGUCACGGAGGUGGUGGUUAUGGAGGCGGAGGAAGCGGAUUAGGCGGAGGAAGCGGAUUAGGCGGAGGUCACGGAGGUGGUGGUAGCGGAGGUGGUGGUUAUGGAGGCGGAGGAAGUGGAUUAGGCGGAGGAAGCGGAUUAGGCGGAGGAAGCGGAUUAGGCGGAGGAAGCGGAUUAGGCGGAGGUCACGGAGGUGGUGGUUAUGGAGGCGGAGGAAGCGGAUUAGGCGGAGGUCACGGAGGUGGCGGAAGCGGUAGUUAUGGAGGUAGUGGAAGCGGUGGUUAUGGAGGUGGUGGAAGCGGAUUAGGCGGUGGUCACGGAGGAGGAUUAGGCGGCGGUGGUUGUGGAGCUGGUGGCUGUGGAGGUGGUAGCGGAUCCGGUGGAUACGGAGGUGGUGGUAGCGGAGCCGGUGGAUAUGGAGGUGGCGGUAGCGGAGGCGGUGGAUACGGAGGUGGUCCUGUAAAAGGUACACCAAUUGGUGGAGGUUACGGCGGUGGUGGAUAUGGAGGUGGAAGUAGUGGCUCCGGUGGAUACGGUGGUGGAUCUGCAGGUUCUGGUGGAUAUGGAGGAAGUAGUGGCGGAGGUCAUGGAGGAGGUGGAGGCCUCGGCGGUGGAGGUGGACAUGGUGGAGGUCUAGGUGGAGGUCUAGGUGGAGGACUUGGCGGAGGUUUAGGUGGAGGACUUGGCGGAGGUUUAGGUGGAGGACUUGGUGGAGGACUAGGUGGAAGUGGCGCAGGUGGAUACGGAGGUGGUAGUGGUAGUGCUAGUGCAAGUGCAAAUGCACAGGCUAGUGCUAAUGCAGGAAGCUCUGGUGGAGGUGGUGGUUGCGGCGGAAGCUGCGGUGGAGGCUAUGGCGGUCAUGGUGGUCAUGGUCCUGGUACAGAUAUUUUCUCUCGUAUUGGUGGCAUAGAGGAAGGAGCAAAUCAAAGUGGUAGUGUGCACGGUGCAAAAGGUGUUUACAGCAGUAGUGCCGCAAAUAUUGAUUCGACCGGUAAAGGAUCCUACAAAGUAUCUGCUGGAAAAAUCCCAUGAAUCACCUAAAUGGAGAUUGGAGAAUUCGCCGAAGAAUUUUUAAAAUUUAAGCAACUAUCUUUUUAACUCGAUAUAAAUUCUGUACUUAUAUAUCUUCAUGAUUUUCGAUGCUAGAAACAAACUAAUAAAAACAUAAUGAUUUUGUUA